CAGGCUGCAGCGCGGCUCCGCGCGGUCAUGGCGGCCCCUCGGUACGGCUCCCGCGGCGGCCGCCGGGCCGGCUCGCUGUCGCGGGCGCUGGUGCGGGCCCUGGUGCUGGGCGUGCUGGUCGGGCUGUCCCCGAGCGGCCUGGCGGGCGCCGUCCCGACCCUGAGGGACCGCUGGGGGCGCCACAAGCCCGAGCCGCCCGCCUGCCGCAGCCGCUCGGUGCUGGUGGACGCGGCGUCGGGCCAGCUGCGCCUGGUGGACGGUCUUCACCCCGGGGCCGUGGCCUGGGCCAACCUCACCAACGCCAUCCGCGAGACCGGGUGGGCCUUCCUGGAGCUGGGCACCAACAGCAACUACAAUGACAGCCUGCAGGCCUACGCAGCCGGCGUGGUGGAAGCCUCUGUUUCCGAGGAGCUCAUCUACAUGCACUGGAUGAACACAGUGGUGAACUACUGCGGCCCCUUCGAGUACGAGGUCGGCUACUGCGAGAAGCUCAAGAGCUUCCUGGAGGACAACCUGGCAUGGAUGCAGAAGGAGAUGGAGCGGUACCCCAACUCCAUCUACUGGCACCAGGUGCGGCUCACCCUCUUGCAGCUGAAAGGCCUGGAGGACAGCUAUGAAGGCCGAGUGGCCUUCCCGACCGGGCAGUUCACCAUCAAACCCUUGGGGUUCCUCCUGCUGCAGCUCUCAGGGGACCUGGAAGACCUGGAGCCAGCCCUGAACAAGACAGACAGCAAGCCCGCGCUGGGCUCGGGCGCCUGCUCCGCCCUCAUCAAGCUGCUGCCUGGCCACCGCGACCUGCUGGUGGCCCACAACACCUGGAACUCCUACCAGAACAUGCUGCGGGUCAUCAAGAAGUACUGGCUGCAGUUCCGGGAGGGCCCCCAAGAGGGCCAGCCCCUGGUCCCCGGCAGUAGGCAGGUCUUCUCAUCCUACCCCGGCACCAUCUUCUCCUGUGAUGACUUCUACAUCCUGGGCAGCGGGCUGGUCACGCUGGAGACCACCAUCGGCAACAAGAACCCCGCGUUGUGGAAGUAUGUGCGGCCCGAGGGCUGCGUGCUGGAGUGGGUGCGGAACAUCGUGGCCAACCGCCUGGCUGUGGAUGGGGACUCGUGGACCGACACCUUCAAGAGGUUCAACAGUGGCACGUAUAAUAACCAGUGGAUGAUCGUGGACUACAAUGCGUUCAUUCCGGGGGGGCCCAGUCUCGCGAGCAAGGUGCUUACCAUCCUGGAGCAGAUCCCGGGCAUGGUGGUGAUGUCCGACAAGACUCAGGAACUCUACAAGACUACCUACUGGGCCAGCUACAACAUCCCGUCCUUCGAAGCGGUGUUCAACGCCAGUGGGCUGCCGGAGCUGGUGGCCCAGUACGGGGACUGGUUCUCCUACAGCAGGAACCCCCGUGCCCAGAUCUUCCGGCGGAACCACUCGCUGGUGCAGGACAUGGACUCCAUGCUCCGGCUCAUGAGGUACAACGACUUCCUCCACGACCCCCUGUCGCUGUGCGAGGCCUGUGACCCCAAGCCCAAUGGGGAGAAUGCCAUCUCCGCUCGCUCUGACCUCAACCCUGCCAACGGCUCUUAUCCGUUCCAGGCACUGCGGCAGCGCUCCCAUGGGGGCAUCGAUGCGAAGGUCACCAGCAUGUCACUAGCCAAGGCCCUGGGGCUGCUGGCCGUCAGUGGCCCCACGUGGGACCAGGUGCCCCCAUUCCAGUGGAGCGCCUCGCCCUUCCCAGACGUGCUGCACAUGGGCCAGCCCGACCUCUGGAAGUUCUCCCCUGUGGAGGUCCUGUGGGAGCUGCCCCAGGGGCCCGCCUCGCCCCCUGAGGGGCCCUGACCUCAUCGGCCUCUUCCUAACGGGGCACAGAACUGACCUCACUCCCCCCACAGGGGUGGGCACCAUUGCCAUCCUGCUCUGCCUGUCUCGCGUUCUCCCUCCCUCCAUCGCCCUCUGUCCCUCUUUCCCCCAUUUCUCCAUGUCUCUGCCAUCUCUGGGUCUGCUCCCUCCCCAGCCCUAAGCUGGGCCUCCAGCCCCAGGAACCUGCCUCAGGCCCCCUUCUUCUCCCUUCUCCAUUCCUUGGGUUUCCUGGCAUGGCCAGCUUCCUUCUGGGACCUAGGAGUGGUCUCUGGCUGGUCCUGGCUCAGGCCGGUACCUCUGCCUCGUGGAGCAGCCCUGCCACUUCCCUGUCUGGGCAGCUUCCUGAGGACUGAAGCUUGACAACGCACACAAACCAAAGUGUCUGGCCCCUUGUGGCUGCCGGACCCUCAGUGUCUUCUCCCUGUGGGGCUGGUGCAAACACUUCUCCCAUGCUCCUGUCUGCCCCACCCCUGCCAAGGCCUGCCUGUGGGCUCUGGGCAGUGCCACAGCACCCUGCUGCAGGAACCAGCCCACAGGCUGCAACGCCAUUAAAACAUGAGAGGCUGUG